GUCCUUUUUAGACUAGCGUCAGCUUUGCUGGUCCCUUCUCAAGUUUUGACCACUCCAUUCACAACUGCCAUCCCAUCAUCUGACGUGGACAUUAUCAGGAGAGGGGCUCGGGGACUCAGCUCGUUUGAAACAAAUAAAACAACAUGCCUGGACCAGCUGCAAGUGCGACCAAUGUUGGGGCGUCUAGCCGUUCCCCCAGUAAGACAGUGGCCCCCAGGGCAGCAGGCUCCACCGUAAGACAGAGGAAAGCAACCAGCAGCGGUACCCGCAGUGGUGCCAGGACCACCGGGUCAGCUGGUACUGGUGGAAUGUGGCGCUUCUACACCGAGGACUCGCCGGGACUCAAAGUCGGCCCAGUGCCAGUGUUGGUGAUGAGCCUGCUCUUCAUCGCCUCGGUCUUCAUGCUUCACAUCUGGGGUAAAUAUACCCGCUCUUAACCCGCCCGCACCUGAUGACCGCCGACCCUCGCCAUCUCGCCAUCGGACCAGGACCAAACCGCAGACCCCCCAGUCCCCUCCAACCAGUACAAAGCAUGUAAAAACUUUUUUUUUAAAUGUAAGACAUUUUCAACCCUCCCGUUAUCGUCCACAUUUGUGUCAUUCACUGAUGCACAAAGGCUCGGAGCAGCGCUCAAGGAUGGUGAAUUCAUUUCAGGCAUCCCUGCCUGUUCCUCCACAAAACAUUAUUUCUCCUUGCAGCCUGGAGUACUUUAUUUUUUGUUAAAAGCAUUUGUACAAAAUGUGAUUUUUAUUGUACAAUAAAAACAACAAAUCAAA